AUGGACAAAAAUGGAACAUACUCAGAGGAGCCCUAUGUUCAAGGCGCCACGACAGUGGGUGCGGCCACAGGAAGAGGAGGCGACACGCAUCGUGGUCUGAAAUCCAGACAUAUUCAAUUCUUGGCCCUUGGAGGAGCAAUUGGAACAGGAUUGUUUGUCGGCUCAGGUGGCAUUCUCGCGCUUGUCGGUCCCGCUCCGUUAUUCAUGGCAUACCUCUCCAUGAUGAUGGUCGUCUGGUGUGUGAUGAACAACCUGGCUGAAAUGACCACGUACCUUCCCAUGAAGGGCAUCACCAUCCCAUACUUCGUCAAGCGAUAUGUCGACUCGAGCCUGGCUUUUGCUCUGGGCUGGAACUACUGGUAUGCUUAUGCGAUUUUAGUGGCCGCUGAAGCCACCGCCGGAGCCAUUCUCCUGGACUAUUGGAGCACGCCUGUGCCUGCUGGAGCCUGGAUCGCGAUUUUCAUGAUUGUCAUUCUCUUCCUGAAUAUCGUGGCUGUGGGCAUCUUUGGCGAAGCCGAAUUCUGGUUCGCCUCAAUCAAGUUUAUCACCAUCAUGGGCCUCAUCAUCCUAGGCAUUGUCAUAAUGCUCGGAGGCAGUCCGAAUGAUCAAGGCAGACUAGGCUUCCGCUAUUGGAACAACCCCGGAGCAUUCAAUCCAUAUCUAGUGGACGGAAAUACGGGACGAUUCUUAGGAUAUUGGACGGCUUUCGUGCGCGCUGGCUUUGCCUUCAUCACAUCUCCUGAACUGAUCGCUUUGGCUGCUGGCGAAACGAUAGCCCCACGACGAAACAUCCCCAAAGCUGCGCGUCGCUUCGUCUGGCGGCUCGCCAUCUUCUAUGGGCUCGGCUCGCUCAUCAUCGGUAUCAUUGUCCCCUCAGACGACCCUCGCCUCCUCAGCCCUGACUCAAACGCCACCGCCUCGCCCUUUGUCAUCGGCAUCGCCCGCGCCGGCAUAAAGGGCCUGAACCAUGUCAUCAACGCCGCCAUCCUCACCUCCGCGUGGUCCGCCGGCAACGCAUUCCUCUUCUCCGGCUCCCGCAUCCUCUACGGCAUGGCGCUGACCGGCGACGCGCCCAAGAUUUUUGGUAGAACCAGCAAGAACGGCGUCCCCUACGUCGCCGUGCUCGCUACAUGGGCCAUCGGCCUCCUCGCCUUCCUGAAUGUCUCCAACACCGGCGCACAAGUCUUCACGUGGUUCAGCAAUAUCUCCACCAUCUCAGGUUUCCUCGCCUGGAUCGUUGUCAUGAUUACGUACCUCCGGUUUCGCAAGGCAAUGCAGUUCCAAGGCCUGCUGCACACGCUGCCAUUCAAGACGCCGUUCCAGCCGUACUUCACGUACUUUGUGUUGGGCGUUGUGAGUAUACUUACUCUGACCAAUGGGUUUCAGGUGUUCUUCCCGAGCAAUUGGGCUGUGUCGGACUUUUUGGCGGCGUAUAUCACCCUGCCGAUUUUCAUCGUGCUGUAUCUCGGGCAUAAGGCGUGGUUCCGCACGAGCUGGGCCAUUAGACUUCAGGAUAUUGAUGUGGUCAGUGGGAAGAGGGAAAUGGAUGAGCUGUGUGCGCAGGAUGUAGAUCCGGUCCCAAGGAAUGUGUGGCAAAAGAUGUGGUUCUGGAUUGCUUAG